GGGCUCAAGGUGAAAGUUUCUUAUCAGGAGCUGUUUCCACUCUUGAUGCUUUAUAGUGUGAUGUUGCGCCGCUCACUCGCUGUGUUUCCCUUGCCUCAGGAAUAGCAGUUAUUUGUUGACAUGAAAAUGAAGUGCAUUCUGGGUCUUGUGGUUCUGGUGGCUGUCUCAGCUUGGGCUGAGCAGGAGACUUUGAGUGCUUCAGAGCGGAUCGAGAGAGUCAACAGGGGUAUUGUCCGUUCUCCUGAUGAGCCGUACAUAGAGGACGAUGUUGCCUAUGAUUCUGAGGCUGAGAGAAACGCUGACCCCUGCACGUCUCGUUACUGCAAGUGGCCCAAAUCCGCUGAUGGGAACGUCUAUGUGGCCUACACCAUUUCCAAUGAGUUUUCCCCUCGUGAGGUGUCAGUCAUCGAGCGCGGGCUGGAGUCUUUCCACGAUGUCUCUUGUUUACGCUUCGUCAAGCGCUAUGGCCAGAAAGACUACCUGAACAUCCAGUCCUUGGAUGGGUGCUGGUCCUACAUCGGCCGUCGUGACAAUGGACAGAAUCUGUCCCUUAAGCGUUCAGGCUGCGUUUACUUUGACACUGUCCAGCAUGAGGUGCUCCAUGCACUGGGCUUCCACCAUGAGCAGAAACGCUCUGACCGCGACCAGUACAUCCGUGUCGUACUGGAGAAUGUCACCCCUGGAAAGGAGCACAACUUUGACAAAGUCAAUACUCUAAACCAGGAAACCACCUACGACUACGGCUCUGUUAUGCACUACCACAAGUACGCUUUCUCUAAGAACAACCAGCCCACCUUGGUGGCCAUCCCUGAUUCCAGCGUUGAGUUCGGCAGGGCUACUGAGAUGAGCCAGAAGGACAUCAUCAGGCUCAACAGGCUGUACCAGUGCUGAACAGAUAAUCAACAACUUUAACAUUCUCUUUUUAAGCAGGUGAAUGAGACAAAGUAUACUUCAUCACUGUCUUUAAUCACAAGGUCAAUGAUAAAAUCUAUAUGAUUUAAUUAACAUCAAUAAAUGUGCAUUUAAACAUAUA